AUGGAGGAGAUCAAACAGAGCCAGACAAAGGUAGAUUGCAUCGAAAAUGAGAUUGAGGAGAUGCGACGGAGACGGGAUGAAAUAAAAGAAGACUUGAAACGCCUUGAUGAGAUCGGCCAAAGACGAGAUCUCGAGGAUAAAAAAUGGAGAGAAAAAAUGGACAAGAAAAACAAGAAACUCGCAAAUGCACUGGAGAAGAUAAGAGCCAAACGACACAAAUAUCAAGAAGAGACGGGUGCUGAAAAUGACUCAACAGAGGGGCAUGAUCAACAGGAUAAGAAUUCAAGUGAAAGUCCGGAAAGUGAGAAAAGCAAAAAUGUCACCAUAGGAAACGAAACCGUUAGAAACGAAGACGUUGGAAACGAAGUGUUACGUGAGCCUCACCAGAUCAUAGAGUACAAAAGUGUAAAACAGCUGGAAAAAAAGCGGAAAGAAGUAAAGCAGUUGAAGAGACUGGAAAAGAAUGCGAUUAAAAGAGAGAAGUUAGAACAAAGACAGCUCAAGAAGAUCGAAAAACACAAACUUGAGAAACUCUCAGCUAAGAGUUUAAAGGUUUCUGAAGAAACUGCAGGAGUUGCUGAGUGUAUAAACAAGGCCAUGGAGACUACGAAUACAACGGCGAAAGAGAAAAAUGAUGAGACCCCGAAAGUAAAUAGAAUUAAACCAUACGUCGUCACCUCUUCAGAUAUUGCAGAGUCCAGGCAAGUCCAAGCACUCUACUAUUCUGGAUUAAUUACGAAUGGUACAAAGAACAAGAUGGAAGAAAAUGUUUUCAGAGAAGAAAAGUUGGACUGUAGCUCUUUCACUGAGUCCAGCGGAUACGAAUGGAAAAUGGCUGAGCUGGACGAAAAAUCCAGACGGCUCAAGGCACAGUUUGCGGAGGAAAACAGACAGGCUGUCGAAUCUACGAACAAGACAAUGCAAGAGAUCAAGCAGAGCCAGGCAAGGGAAGAUUGCAUCACAAAUGA